GAGGAAUUUGAAAAUUGCGUGACUCAGUAUACGAAGGCGAUUAACUUUGCGAAAGGAGAACCAAGGUAUUACUUUCUGGUCUACAACGCAUCAGUCCUCUACUGGCAAAUGGUGAGACCGUUUCUUAAGCCUGGAUGUCGUCACCAUCUGAUCCCCAGCCUCUCCCAAAUUGUAAACGUGUUAAAUCAAACCGAGGAAGAAGACAAGGAGUGGCGUGCUGAGCUGAUGCUGGAACUUCUUGAGUGUUACCUGCAAGCUGGAAAAACAGAGGAGGCAGCUAAAUUCUGUUCCACUGCAGCCCCCUUCAUAAAAUCCAAUGUGCCACACAAGUGUCAACACAUAUUCUCUGUUAUGGUUCGUCACGAAUUAAUGGACACGCUUCAGUUAAAGGAAGAAAAGAAAACUUCCAUCAGCCUCAUAGUCUCUUUUUAUAUUAAUAUGCUGAAAGC